AUGAGCACAUCUCCCCCACGCGUUCUCUUUGUAUGCCUUGGAAAUAUCAUUCGCUCACCAUUGUGCGAAGGAUAUUUAAGACAUAAAUUCGUAAAUAAAGUGAUAGUUGAUAGCGCAGCUUGCACACAUGAUGAUCUUGGCCAACAUCCAGAUAAAUACAGUUGUAAAAUUGCAAGAGAGCAAGGUUUUGACAUAUCAAGUCAUAUUUCAAAGCUUAUCAAAAAAACAGAUUUCUAUGAUUUUGAUAUUAUUGUCAGUCUAGAAAAAUAUGUUCAAAGAUCUCUCGAAAGGAAAAAGCCAAAUGAUGCAAAAUGCAAAAUAGUCGAGUUUGCACCAGGAGUGGACAUUAUAAAUCCUUGGUGUGGAGGAUUAGAAGAAUUUAGGGAUAUGAAUACUCAAAUUCAAAAGUACUUCCCUGCGUUUAUAGAAAAUAACUUACCACAAUUACUCCAAUAA